AUGACUUCACUUUGCGAGUGUCCAUUUUUGAAUCGCACAUUUACAAUAGAUGAUAUAACAAAAAGAUCACAUUGUAAAAGUCUAAAAUUUAGACGUGCAUUUCAAUUUCUUCAAUUGCUUCUUAUUCAACGUGUUUAUGGUAUUGAUGUUAUAACAUGUCCAACAUGGCGUCGAUCAACAAAACAUUCCCAACGAGAACUACAACAACAACAUAACUAUGAAGUCUUUUUAGGUGGUUCAUGUAAUCCAACAACAUGGCGACGUGAUCAAGCGAUACCAUAUUUUCAAUCACGUUCAGUAUCCUUUUAUAAUCCACAAGUAGCAGAUUGGACACCAGAGCUUAUUGAAAUAGAACAUCGUGCAAAAGAAUUAGCUCCACUAUUAUUUUUUGUUAUUGAUCAUGAUACUAGAGCUUUAGCAUCGAUUGUUGAAGUAUGUUAUCUAGCUGCACGUGGACGAAGUAUUAUUGUCGUUAUGAAUCCAAUGCCAGAGAGAAAAUAUACGAAAUUUAUUCAACAAAAGAAUAGUAGUCAUGAAAAAGAUAAUGAAGAUGAUUAUGAAAAUGUUUGUGAAGCUCGAAAAAUCUUACGUGCAUUACUUCAAAGUAUUAAUGUUCCAUUUUUUGAUAAUGUUCGAUUAGCUCUUGAAUGUGCUGCAUAUAUACUUGAAACAACGAAACGAACAGUAGCAAAUCAGAGUGUUUUCAAUGAAGAUAAUAAAGAAGAUGCUAAUGAUGAAGAUGUUCUUACGCCAUUACCAAAUUCAGCUAGUGAUUGUGAAGAUAGUCGGCCAUCAUCAGUUGUAGUUAUUCGUUCUCUUUCUAAUAAGACAACUUUUGACUCACCUGAUGAUUUCUAUCGACAAAUGCAUCAAUCUACAAUGACAGUUUCAUCUCCACCAUUUCAUCGACGCCAUAGUUCUACACCAGAUCCAAACGCUCCUCAAACUCUUCGAUCACCAGUUUGUACAAGGUCACAAUUAUCAUGUUCGACAACUGAAAGUGAUGAUGAUGGUUAUGGUUCGCUUUCAUCAAGCAACCGUACUUUAUCUUCAUCAUCUUUAUCAGUAUCGUCGGAAUCUUUUGAAUCUACUCUAGAUCAACAACAUGAAGAAAAUAUUCUAGGGUCCAAUCAAACAUUAUCAACAUCUAUGAUAAAUAAUGUAAUUUCAACUUUUUAUUCUUAUAUUCCAUUUGUGAGUUCUUCAAAACCAUCAGAUUCAUCUGUUACUCAAUCUCUCUUUGUUCUAUGUACACUACCUUUUCGUUUUAUCAAAGAUACUAUUCUUCCCCCUAUUUCACCUCCACCAUCGCCAUCAGAAUUUUCACCAUCAAAAGAAUCAAUUGUUUUGAAUUCAUCGUCACCUAUGCCUUUACUUCGGUCACCAUCAUAUCAUAUGUUUGACCUCUAUAUAGCAUCAGGUACAACUGAUGAAUGUUGGUUAAAUACUUUUGCACUACCAACUCUUAAAAAAAUGAAUAUUACAUUUACAACAAGACAAGCAUAUCAUGAUCGUGAGCAAUUUGAUACUUCCGAUGAUAUGCGUACACGGAAACAAUCACGUGUAUUAUAUUAUUUAAUUAAUGGUAAUGAACGUUUAUCACAUUUGACAACAGAACUUGCAUUUCUUAUUGGUGAACAUAAACAUAAGAUAAUUGUUUAUUUUCAGUCAAAUAUUGAUGAAGAUACAGAACAUAUAUUAUCAGCAUGUGAACGACGUGAUAUUCAACGUUCAAGAAAAUAUCUUGAAGAUUUAGUACGAAAAGAGAAUAUUACAUUAUGUCAUUCACGUGAACGAAGUUUAGAACAAGUUCUAGAUUUCUUUCAUUGA